CCUGCUCGCAAUGGCCGUCUUCCCGCUGCUCCUUUGCCUCCUGCCACUGGCCCCUGCCUCAUCGCCAGCUCAGCCAGCCACACCCAGCCCGUGUCCCCGCCGCUGCCGCUGCCAGACACAAUCACUGCCCCUCAGUGUGCUGUGCCCAGGGGCUGGGCUCCUGUUCGUGCCACCCUCACUGGACCGCCGGGCAGCUGAGCUGCGCCUGGCGGACAACUUCAUCGCAGCCGUGCGCCGCCGUGACCUCGCCAACAUGACGGGCCUGCUGCACCUCAGCUUGUCACGGAACACCAUCCGCCACGUGGCGGUGGGCGCCUUCGCCGACCUGCGUGCCCUGCGCGCCCUGCACCUUGACGGCAACCGGCUGACCUCGCUGGGCGAGGGUCAGCUGCGUGGCCUGGUCAACCUGCGCCACCUCAUCCUGAGCAACAACCAGCUGGCAGCGUUGGCAGCCGGCGCCCUGGAUGACUGUGCCGAGACCCUCGAGGACCUGGAUCUCUCCUACAACAACCUGGAGCAGCUGCCCUGGGAGGCCCUGGGCCGCCUGGGGAAUGUCAACACUUUAGGCCUCGACCACAACCUGCUGGCCUCAGUGCCUGCGGGUGCCUUCUCCCGCUUGCACAAGCUGGCCAGGUUGGACAUGACCUCCAACCGGCUGACCACCAUCCCUCCGGACCCACUCUUCUCCCGCCUGCCCUUGCUGGCCAGGCCCCGCGGUUCACCUGCCUCGGCCCUGGUGCUGGCCUUUGGCGGGAACCCCCUGCAUUGCAACUGUGAGCUGGUGUGGCUGCGGCGGCUGGCCAGAGAGGAUGACCUUGAGGCUUGUGCCUCACCACCUGCCCUGGGUGGCCGCUACUUCUGGGCUGUGGGUGAGGAGGAGUUUGUGUGCGAACCACCUGUGGUGACUCAUCGUUCGCCACCCCUCGCUGUGCCUGCAGGUCGACCAGCUGCCCUGCGCUGCCGGGCAGUGGGGGACCCAGAACCCCGGGUGCGUUGGGUGUCCCCCCAGGGCCGACUGCUGGGCAACUCAAGCCGAGCCCGGGCCUUUCCUAAUGGGACACUGGAACUGCUGGUCACCGAGCCGGGAGAUGGUGGCAUCUUUACUUGCAUUGCAGCCAAUGCAGCUGGUGAGGCCACGGCUGCCGUGGAGCUGACCGUGGGUCCCCCACCACCCCCACAGCUGGCCAAUAGCACCAGCUGUGACCCCCCGCGGGACGGGGAUCCUGAUGCCCUCACUCCGCCCUCUGCUGCCUCUGCUUCCGCCUCAGCCAAGGCAGCUGACACGGGCAUCCCUGCUGACCAAGGCGUCCAGGUGACUGAGCACGGAGCCACAGCAGCCCUCGUCCAGUGGCCAGACCAGCAACCUAUCCCAGGCAUCCGCAUGUAUCAGAUCCAGUAUAACAGCUCAGCCGACGACAUCCUCGUCUACAGGAUGAUCCCGGCAGACAGCCGCUCAUUCCUGUUGACAGACCUGGCAUCCGGCCGUACAUACGACCUCUGCGUUCUGGCGGUGUACGAGGACAGCGCCACAGGACUCACGGCCACACGGCCGGUGGGCUGUGCCCACUUCUCCACUGAGCCAGCGCUGCGGCCGUGUGGGACUCCGCACGCUCCCUUCCUAGGCGGCACCAUGAUCAUCGCGCUGGGCGGUGUUAUCGUGGCCUCGGUACUGGUCUUCAUUUUCGUGCUGCUCAUGCGCUACAAGGUGCACGGAGGGCAGCCCCCCGGCAAGGCCAAGGCGCAGGCCCCAGUCAGCAGCGUUUGCUCCCAGACCAAUGGCGCCCUGGGCCCUGUGUCGGCCCCACCAGCCUCGGAGCCUUCCGCGCCCCGGGCUCACACCGUGGUCCAGCUGGACUGCGAGCCCUGGGGACCCAGCCAUGAACCUGUGGGGCCCUAAACACACACCCACCUCCACGGGACCUCAACACGCUGCGGGGCCUGGCCACAGACUCACCAAAUUGCUCACGGUUUUUAAAAACUCACGGGGAGGGUGUUGGGGAUACCAGGGCACAACAAGAAAAGUCCUAUUUUUCUAAGCUCGGGC